UGACACUUGUAAACAUGGCGAGCCUGGCAGAUGUCGGCUGGAAACUCCUGGAAUUUAAAGCCCGAUCGAAAAGAUCAGAUUUGUGAUUUAGCUGAGAGACGGUUGGACUUAAUUUCAUCUUUUGAGAAUGGCUGGUUCGGUGGCUGCCGCUUCUAGGCCCGAUCAGAAAAUCAAGAGACUCGGUUCCAUCUAUGAACCACUCAAGCUGUCCAUUCUCCAGCGUGAGGAUGAGCCUCUGUGGGAGAAGCUGGACCGCUACUACAAUGCAGUCAAAACAACCAUUCUGAACUACCAGAGUCCCACCACUGGCCUUUUUCCGGUAAAAACAUGCUCCACCUGCAAGGAGGCCAAGGUCCGGGACUCGUUGUACUGUGCUGCGGCUGCCUGGGCUCUAUCCAUGGCAUACAGACGCAUCGAUGACAAUAUGGGCCGGACUCAUGAGCUGGAGCAUUCUGCCAUCAAAUGCAUGAGAGGAAUCCUCUACUGCUACAUGAGGCAGGCUGACAAGGUAGAGGAGUUUAAAAAAGACCCCAGCCCUUCCAAGUGUCUGCACUCAGUGUUCAAUGUCGACACCGGGGACGAGGUUCACUCCUACAACGACUACCACCACCUGCAGAUCGAUGCCGUUUCUCUGUUCCUGCUGUACCUGGUGGAGAUGAUCUGCUCUGGUCUGCAGAUCAUUUACAACACUGAUGAGGUUUCCUUCAUCCAGAACCUGGUUUUCUGUGUGGAGAGAGCCUACAGGGUGCCUGACUAUGGCAUGUGGGAGAGAGGAAGCAAGUACAACAACGGCAGCACUGAGCUGCAUUCCAGCUCUGUGGGCCUGGCUAAGGCUGCUCUGGAGGCCAUCAAUGGAUUCAAUCUGUUUGGAAACCAGGGCUGCUCGUGGUCGGUGAUAUUUGUGGAUCUGGACGCCCACAACAGGAACAGACAAACCCUGUGCUCCCUGCUGCCCCGAGAGUCUCGCUCACAUAACACAGAUGCAGCUUUGCUCCCGACCAUCAGCUAUCCUGCUUUUGCAGUAGACGAUGAUGCCCUCUACAGUCAGACACUGGACAAGAUAGUCCGCAAACUACGAGGCAAAUAUGGCUUCAAACGUUUCCUCAGAGAUGGCUACCGCACAGCAAACGAGGACAAGAAUCGACGAUACUACAAACCUGCUGAAAUGAAGCUUUUUGAUGGAAUUGAGUGCGAGUUUCCCAUAUUUUUCAUCUACAUGAUGAUUGACGGAGUGUUCAGAGGAAACCAAGCUCAGGUCAAAGAGUACCAGGAACUCCUUGAGCCCAUUGUCUUCCAGACAUAUGAGGGCUACGCUGUGAUCCCCAAAUACUACUACGUACCAGCUGACUUUGUGGAGGGGGAGCAGAACAAGUAUGGAAGCCAGAAGCGUUUCCCUAGCAACUCAGGCCGUGACGGGAUGCUCUUCCUGUGGGGACAGGCUCUGUUUAACAUCGCCAAGCUGCUGGUGGAUGAGCUCAUCAGCCCUAAAGACAUUGACCCCAUCCAUCGCUACGUGCCCCGCCAGGAUCAACGCAACGUCAGCAUGAGAUACUCCAAUCAGGGUCCCAUUGAGAAUGAUGUUGUGAUUCAUGUGGCCCUCAUAGCAGAGAGCCAGAGACUGCAGGUGUUUUUGAACACUUAUGGCAUUCAGACUCAAACACCUCAGCAGGUGGAGCCCAUCCAGAUCUGGCCUCAGAAGGAACUGGUUAAGGCGUACCGUUUCCUUGCCAUCAAUAAGAAACUUGGGCUGAGUGGGCGUCCAGAGAGGCCAGUGGGCUGCAUUGGGACCUGCAAGAUUUAUCGCAUCCUGGGCAAGACGGUGGUGUGCUACCCAAUAGUGUUUGAUCUAAGUGACUUUUACUUGUCCCAGGAUGUUAUGCUGCUGAUUGAUGACAUAAAGAAUGCCUUGCAAUUCAUCAAACAGUGCUGGAAGAUGCCAGGACGUCCGCUCUUCCUGGUUCUCAUCCGCGAGGACAACAUCAAGGGAAGCCGCUUCAACCCGGUCCUGGACAUGCUGGCCUCAUUCAAAAAAGGAAAUCUUGGUGGUGUUAAAGUCCAUGUCGACAGACUUCAGACCCUGAUAUCUGGAGCCGUUGUGGAGCAGCUGGACUUCCUGCGUGUCAAUGAGGCUGAGAUCCCAGAGUUUAAGAGCUUUGAGGAGCUGGAGCUGCCAAAGCACUCAAAGGUGAAGAGACAGACCAGUACGCCCAACGCCUCGGACUUGGAGCAGCAGCCAGAGAUCAGUGUGGAGGAAUGGAUGCACAAACCAACCCAUGAAAUAAUCCAGAAGUUUCAUGACUCAGACUGUCUGGCCAGCCAGGCUCAGCUUGCAAGCAUCCUUCUCAGGAGAGAGGGUCCAGAAUUUCUCACCAGAGAUGAGAACCUGAUGGAUGAACUGGAGAGAAUCUACAGAAGAGCUGGCAGCAGAAAACUUUGGUCUGUUGUCCGUCUUGCUGCCAGUCUGUUAACUAAGAUAGUGGACAGCCUUGCCCCCAGUAUUACUAGUGUUUUAGUGCAUGGCAAGCAGGUGACCCUUGGUUUUUUUGGGCAAGAAGAAGAGGUUAUCUCAAACCCGCUGUCGCCAGGUGUGAUCCAAGGAAUCAUCUACAGCAAGUGCUCGCCUCAAGGUGGGCAGAGGGAGGCUGUCCUGCAGCAGGAGCUGGUCAUCCACAUCGGAUGGAUCAUCUCCAACAACCCAGAACUGUUCAGUGGCAUGCUCAAAAUCAGAGUCGGGUGGAUUGUCCAGGCCAUGAAACACGAGCUGAAGAUCCGAGGAGGAGACAUGCCACCUCAGGACAUCUACCAGCUUUCUCCCAGUGACAUCAAGCAGCUUCUGCUGGACGUCCUGCAGCCACAACACACUGGCAGGUCGUGGCUGAAUAAGCGUAAGAUCGACGGCUCCCUGAACAGGACUCCUCUGGGCUUCUAUGAUCGUGUGUGGCAGAUCCUGGAGAGGACUCCUAACGGGAUCGUGGUGGCAGGGACUCACCUCCCACAGCAACCGACUCUGUCUGACAUGACCAUGUAUGAGAUGAACUUUUCCCUGCUGGUGGAGGACACGCUGAAGAACAUCGUCCUGCCCGAGUACAGACAAAUCAUAGUGGAGUUGCUGAUGGUGGUGUCCAUUGUGCUGGAGAGAAACCCAGAGCUGGAGUUCAGUGAUAAGGUGGAUCUGGAUGGUCUGGUGAAGGAGGCUUUCAAAGAUUUUCAGAGGGAUCGCAGUCGCUUUGAAGGCAUGGAGAAACAGGAUGACAUGGAGGUGUUUUACAACACCCCUCCGGUGGGAAAGAGAGGCACCUCCAGCUACCUGACCAAGGCUGUGAUGAUCCAGCUGCUGCAGGGGGAUGUAAAACCCUGCAAGGACGACCCUUGCUCCGUUAGCUAGAUUUACAACACUCUGACCCCUGAUCUAAGCCUGCUGCAGCAUAGUCAUCAAAUAGUCCUGAGAGGUUCGCUGAGUAUCCAUCACAUAUAUCCAGCAAAUAACCUCUAACCUUUGCAGUCCUCCUUUCACUAGGACUCUGCCCACUCCUACACACCAUAAUCUUCCUAAACAUCAGUAAAAGCUGUAAGCAAGAGCCGCAGUUUGCUUCAGGGGUUAGAAAGUCACAUCCUUAAGACUGAAACUCACAAUAUUGCCAGGGCCUUGUUUCUAUACCCAUAUUUGUUUGUCAGUUUAGCAUCCUAACUGUGCUGUGUGUGUGUUUAAUUUAGUUUUGAUAGCCUUCCUUUGUUUAAGAAGUUGUUACAUAGCCACUUAAAUUAAAAGUCUAGUCAUGUCAGCUGUCUCAAACUAGCUAACAUUGCCACAUAACUGAUUAGCCAUUUGUUAUCCUGUUUCUGAUGGGUGCUACUGAUUAGCCUGAGUGUACUUUGUUGGUGUGGCUGAUGUAAUGUGCAUCCACCAGUUAACUUCUACUGUUACCAGAGUUCAGCCCAGUUUGACUGAAUAUACAUCAGUCUUGUCUUUCUGUAAGAGUGCAUGUUUCCCAAAAUUAUACUUCCUUUUUGUUAUUUUCCAAUGCUUAUAAAUCAAAUGUAACUGUCCUUCAUCUUGGCUUUCAAAUUUUAUCAAUAACACCAUCAUGAAAUUGAUUCUUUAAACCAUAGGUUCAAAAAAUUCAAGCCUAUGUCCCAUAGUUUUUGUAGUUCUAAGGAAAAUGGUUUUACUAACGGUUUGGACUUGAGAUUUGCCAGAAUAUGACAGAACAAAGAGAUGGAGAAAUUUCCUUCGAAAUAAAAGUGCAAUAUAGACUUGUUUGGCCCAUAUUUUUCUCCUGUCAUUCAUCUGUGACCCACUUAAAAUUAACCUGACACACCAGAUAGACUAUUUCAUAUAUCCAUUGCAUGGGAUAUAUUUCACAUUCUUCUGGGAAACCUCCCAUACAGAGCGUUUGGGAAGGGCAGGACUUUUCCAAAAAUUCUCAAUUUGUGAUUGGGCAAAUAUUCUGUAAUUAUGGGCCAAUCAGAGCGACAGGACAAAAUGAGGUAGUGGGCAUGUGCAGUUCUAGUAGUAACCUGAUCGACAAGCAGUACUAGCCACUGCUGUAGUUUUUGAGCCUUGUGGAGCGCGUUGGUGGAUAAAACUCAUGCUGGAGCAGUUCAGUAGAAAUGCAGAAACAUCCUGGCCACCAAGAAAAGCUUUCAGUGUCGCUCUUUGGCUUAGUUCUGAAAAAAAAAAAAAAUGCUGUAA